AUGAAAUCCAAGGUCCGAUUCCUGGCGCUCCUCAACCUAGGGGACAACAACUUGCAUGGGACUAUUUCUGAUGCCCUGGGAAAUUUGACUUCUCUCGUUGAACUUGAUUUGUCAUAUAAUCAACUUGAAGGAACAAUUCCGACUUUUUUGGGUAAUCUCCGCAACUCAAGGGAGAUAGAUUUAAAAUAUCUCUAUCUCUCUAUUAAUAAAUUCAGUCGAAAUCCAUUUGAAAGUCUUGGAUCACUCUCUAAAUUGUCAGUUCUUCAUAUUGAUGGCAAUAAUUUUCAAGGAGUUGUCAACGAAGAUGAUCUUGCAAAUCUUACAAGCUUGAAGGAGUUUGAUGCAUCAGGGAACAAUUUCACUUUAAAAGUGGGUCCUAAUUGGAUUCCUAAUUUCCAGCUUACCUAUUUGGAUGUGACAUCAUGGCAUAUAGGUCCCAACUUUCCAUCGUGGAUUCAGUCACAAAACAAACUUCGAUAUGUUGGACUGUCUAACACGGGGAUUUUAGAUUCUAUUCCCACUUGGUUCUGGGAAGCACAUUCUCAGGUUUUGUAUUUAAACCUCUCUCAUAAUCAUAUCCAUGGUGAGCUGGUGACUACAAUAAAAAAUCCAAUAUCUAUCCAAACUGUUGAUCUAAGCACAAAUCACUUAUGUGGUAAAUUACCCUAUCUUUCAAGUGAUGUGUAUGGGUUAGACCUUUCAACCAAUUCAUUCUCUGAAUCCAUGCAAGAUUUUUUAUGUAACAAUCAGGACAAGCCAAUGCAAUUAGAAUUUCUCAAUCUUGCAUCAAAUAAUCUGUCAGGAGAAAUACCUGAUUGUUGGAUUAAUUGGCCAUUUCUAGUGGAAGUGAAUUUACAAAGCAACCAUUUUGUCGGGAACUUCCCCCCAUCCAUGGGUUCCUUGGCUGAGCUGCAGUCAUUACAAAUUCGUAACAACUUGCUCUCGGGAAUAUUUCCUACCAGUUUGAAGAAGACUGGCCAAUUGAUAUCCUUGGAUCUUGGAGAAAAUAAUCUUUCAGGAUGUAUUCCAACAUGGGUUGGAGAAAAGCUCUCAAAUAUGAAAAUCCUCCGCCUUCGAUCAAACAGUUUUUCCGGUCACAUUCCAAAUGAAAUAUGUCAGAUGAGUCUUCUUCAGGUUUUAGACCUUGCAAAAAAUAAUUUGUCUGGCAAUAUACCCAGCUGUUUCCGUAACUUGAGUGCCAUGACACUAGUGAACCGGAGUACAUAUCCCCAAAUCUAUUCUUAUGCACCAAAUCAUACAGAAUACUCUUCGGUAUCAGGUAUAGUUAGUGUGCUACUUUGGCUAAAAGGAAGAGGAGAUGAGUAUCGAAACAUUCUGGGUUUGGUAACAAGUAUUGAUCUGUCAAGUAACAAAUUAUUAGGAGAAAUUCCUAGAGAAAUCACAGAUCUAAAUGGAUUGAACUUUUUGAACUUGUCCCACAACCAAUUGAUUGGUCCUAUUCCAGAAGGUAUUGGUAAUAUGGGAUCGUUACAAACCAUUGAUUUUUCGAGGAAUCAAAUUUCUGGUGAAAUUCCUCCAACCAUUUCUAAUUUGAGCUUUUUGAGCAUGCUAGACGUGUCUUAUAAUCAUUUGAAGGGAAAAAUUCCAACAGGAACUCAAUUGCAAACCUUUGAUGCCUCCAGAUUUAUUGGCAACAAUCUAUGUGGUCCACCACUGCCCAUAAACUGCAGCUCCAAUGGGAAAACUCAUAGUUAUGAAGGAAGUCAUGGGCAUGGAGUGAAUUGGUUUUUUGUUAGUGCGACAAUUGGAUUUGUUUUGGGACUUUGGAUAGUGAUUGCUCCUUUGCUGAUUUGUAGAUCAUGGCGGCAUGCCUAUUUUCAUUUCCUUGAUCAUGUGUGGUUCAAACUUCAAUCUUUUUACUCGUAUAGUAUCACUGUUUAGUGUUGCUUACAACCAAUGUUGUAUCAUUGUAUUGCCAGGUUGUUCAAUUUGCAUUGUAGUUAUUGCUAUCUUCUUUCUUUCUUUUUUUUUUAAAAAAAAAUUUGAGAGUCUUAUUUAAAUUCUGUUUUGGGAUGUACAUAUUUGCAUAUUGAGCAUAUUUGUAGUUAAGAUCAACUAGUUGUUCAAUUCUGUGUAUCA